CGGCGGUAGAGAAACGAAUCUCAGCUUGUGAGAAGCUGAGCAGCAAGGACAUCGGAGUCUGGAGUAGCAAAGAUAAAUAAACACGUUUUGCAGCUAUGUAAUUCAGAUGGCAGUGAAAACGGUGUCCCAAAAAUUUACUAAGAGUCGAGCCCUCCUGCUUAUGGGAUAGAUCGGCGCGUCGCAGAAUGUAACAAGAGAUAUGGAAUUUAUAUGGCUAAAUCAACGCGUCGCGGUUUGUAACAGGAAAGAUACGAAAUUUAUGGACUAAAUCAACACGUCACAGAUUAUAACAGCAGAAAUACGAAACCAGUAUGACAAAAUCCAUACGUCGCGAGACAUGACAAUUAUGCACGCCAUUUUCAGAAGCAAGAUCUAGGGUCCAUCGACGAGAAGCGGGGGAGAUUGUCGAGCCGUCGAAUUACCACCGCGGACCGAUUACCGAUGCAUCGUCGACAGAAUCCGUUGGCUGUAGUUUAGCUCGCUCGAUCGAUUCUUUCCGUGGAGAUGGAUCGUUGGCACGCGCGCAGGCGAAUUCUCGAACAGGAUCUGUGGCCGUGGUUACUGCUAAUUUGGUUCGUCUUCGAUGGAAAUGAUCGUUUACCGAGCCUGUGUCGCAGCAUUGUACUUUUAGCAUCGGGUAAAGGCGGAAGAGGAGGAAGGAGACGGAAUCGAUGUACGAUGGAAAGCGACGAGAAGGAAAAGGAACGAGUCGUGGAAGAAGAAGAAAAAGAAGAAGAAGAAGAAGAAGAAGAAGAAGAAGGAAGGAAGAAGAGGGGAACGAGGAAGAGAAGGAAAAAGGACUACCCUCCGAGGAUCACGCAAGCGCGCAGUCGCCCGUCUGCUCGCUGACUACUCGAAACUCUGCCGCGCUCCGAGAUGCAUAUAUCCCCCACCGUGACCUAGCCUAUUAUCUCCCACCCUGGCCGACCCAACCGGUAAUUUAACGUUCCGACGACCGACCACCGACGACCGAUCGCCGAGAAUGACGAUACAGAUGCAACUUACAGGUGUAAGCAGGCAUCGCUGGCCGAGUCGAAUUAUACGCUGCCAAAUUUCAACUAUCUUGCAAAAAUUAAGCGGAUCCACCUGGGGAGAUUCUUGUGUCUCGAGUGCACCGGAGCGUGUUACGAAUAACGUGGCGGGCAAGGAAGAAGCACGUAAAAGGAUCCUCGUUGGCACGUGCCAGGAUGCGGUCCGUCUCGUCGAGUAUGCUACACGUUUUAUCGAUCGGCUUACUUUGGUAUACGUACGCGCGUACAGUGUACCUGGCCCGAUCAAAAAAUACAUGAGCGAGAUCCUCGAGGUUUGGGAAAACGUUCGACGAGGGAACGAGCUCUCUUCCCACGGUGCUGCUUGUUCGAAAAGGGGACGACGAUGGUACGCGAUCGACGGUUUAACGCGAGGGGGUGUAAUUUCCUUGCACAGACCGAGACAGUGCUCGAGAAGAAUAUCGGUGACGAAUAUCGUUCGCAGCAUUCGUGCGGGUUCCAGAGCAUGGGGCAGGGACACCGUAGAAAGUAUAUAGUUGGACAGGAGGCGUCCAGGAAGGAAGUGUCGCGGUCGCUCUUCCGGGCAGCUGCUCCGUAUAUCGGCGUAUAGGUACUAUGUGGCCGUACCUCGAUCGUGCGUCGGUUUCUGCUUAUGAACGAGAGCGUUUCGAGAAGAGAUGUUUCGGAAGAACGAUACAGCGAUCGACGGACGAACAGCAAUUAUUUGCGUAGAAAGAAAAGUAAUUUCUGAUUCGGAAGAGGGUCGAGACCGUGAAGAAAUUGUUACGGUAUCACGUGCUAGACGAAGGGAAGGAGAUCGAUUGAUCGCGAGUCAGGUCGACGUGCCUGCCACUUAUCUCGUUACAAAUUAAGACGAAGAUCACAUCGAAAGUAGCAUACCGGAUGUGAGGUUCCAUCGACUUUUCCUCGAACGAACGAACGAACGAACGAACGAACGAAUAAACGAAAGAACGAACGGUUGGUAAUAUUCUACUGGAAGCACUUUAAGAUUUUAUGAGAAGGCUGUCGUCCUGGUAACUUUCAAUUUUGGAAGAAGGAACGAGAGAAUAUGAAGAGAACGACGAAGAAAGGGUGAGGGCGAGGAGGAGGAGGAGGAGGAGGAGGAGGAGACGAGAGCAAAUUUAUUAGAAAGAAGAAAUAAUACCGCGUAACGCGAUUACCACAGGAACAAAACAGCAAUUACGGAUGGGGAAGAAACCACACGGAAAGCAGUCUCCCUUACGAAUUGAACCAUCCGUAGGUUGACACAGUGCCAUCGAAUGCUCGGCUGGAAAUGGGUGUCUCCUUGGGGAGACGAAGCGAUUCGUGAUUACUGCACAGAAUCGGAACACGGAGACCUAUCGCGCGGGCUUUCAUAGCUUCGAUUCUCGCAACCGCAGAAACUUUUCGAAGAAGUUUGAAACAUUCUCUCAUGCAACGAUCUCGAAAGAUAUCUGAUUCGCAAAAUGCAGCGAGCAGCAGUCGCCCAAUUUUCGACCACCGUGGGACCUUGCUCCAUCCGGGUAUGCUGUUACGCCAAUGGCGUUACCGAAGACGUCACGCCAUGCACCUUUAGCUCGGAGCCUCGAAGACGCGUGCGUUCGUAAGACCCGUGACGUCAUCGUGAAAACGUCAGAAGGAAGCAGGUUGCAUCGAUGUCGCGGCUGGGUCGUAGGUUCGGUUAAGGUGCGCUCGUAGCAAGGGGCAAGCUCCAUUCACCAAGAUGUAUCUUUGGACGCGUGCCACCGAACAAUGCUCGUUUCUUAGAGGGGGCACAAAGAAACCAUGGAAAGCAAACACAAAGACGAUCGAGCGCACCGAUCUUUGCACUUGCUCCCGAACGGAAGCCGGUGCUUGCACCCGGAGCGUUUCGGCCGGCAGUUUCUUCCACGGAGAUAAUUGCAUCGAUCCGGGGGUCGAUGCACCUUUUUACCUAUUACGGGUAUCGUCGAAACGGUCGUUCGACGCGCGGCUACCUGUUAUCGUUCGAGCAAAUUAGGGGAAGGAGAUCGCGAGAAAUCGGUGUUCCCGAGAGCCAUUAGGCGGUGACAGCGGCGGUGGAAGAUGAAACAGAGCUUUUUUCCUGGAGGAUUCGACGCGAAAGAGGAAAUUAGGGGGUAGCGAGAACAGAAGUACGGUGAACAAAUCAGUGACGAUGACGGUGGGCGAUGGUGUCUAGACGUAGCCGGUGCCGUCGCGUCGUCGUGGAUGUCGUUGACGUCGUCGCACUGACUCACUCGACGCCGGCAUCCAACGGAAAGCGUCGGCGAUGCCAACGAUUUUGGAAACGAAGAGAUCGAUCACGGUUGGAAAUGGCCUGCCUUUACAUCGAUCGACUGAAGCGUGAUUUUCAACGAGCCCACCGUUUCGGUCAACGCGCGAACAACGGCGAAGUCUGGUGUCCUCUAUCGUCGAUAAAUCGUCUUUGCAAUUAUAAGUGCGAAGACGCACCCGAAGUCUCUACGAACGCGAGCAUCUCGGUGAAAUUCAAUCCAGCGGUACCGAAAAUUUUUGCCAUCGGCUUGCAUCCCGAUCGUCGAGACACGAGGAAACGUUACUUUUCGCUGAUCACCAUCAAGGAACUCUUGAAGCGAUACCUGGCCUAUCUUGUUCGAAGAUAUCGAAGCUAUUUCCGCUCUCCUUCGAAGCUUGUUCGCGAUGAAAAUUGCCACCGGAACGCGUGCGCGUUCGGCUCCUUCGUUUCCAUCGUCUCAAAAUGUUCGAAAGAGUUCGCCAACAAAAAUAUAUGGGAUACGGACAAGGAAUCGAGCCGUGCAACUCUACGGUGUAAAUGCAAGCACCGUGGAUCACCGAACGGAAGACCACGCGACGCGCAAGCUUUCUCGAGAAGCGUCGCGAGACCAAAUUUUCCCGACGAACGGUACAUCGAACAUCCUCGAGAUCGUCGAAACGCGAGGAAUAAGGAUCGCCGUUGCGGUCGCACGGUCGAGGAGGUAAACUCGAAAGACGGCCGAUCGAGUUCGAGAAUCGAUCGCACCGUUUCGUCCAGCCGAUCGAACGCUUCCGGGGACGCGCGUUUCGAGCACGAAGAUUCGCCGAUUUCUGUAACGAAGAGAAGCGUCGGCGUUCAGACGUCGAGAAAAAGCGACGCUCGUCGCAAGGAUCGUCGAAAGAAAAUAUGCGGGAGAAACCGGAAGGAAAGAUCCGCUCCGAUUUCGACGAAAACGCCGUUUCCCCGAGACGUCGAAACCAUUUUCAAGGCUAACAGCGAAGACUUCGAUUGGGAGGACAGCAACUUGAACCUGGAUCCGUGGGGAACCAAGGGGAAGCGUCGCUCGAACGCGUCGAUCGACGAAAACGGAAGCGGAAACUCGGAAACUCGGAAACUCUCCGAAGCACGGUAUUCGAGAAGCGAGGGUGAUCGCGAUUCGGCGACGAUCCAUUGGAAAUGCGCGAAACGGGACCGAUCGGUCGCAACGAUCCGAACGAUUUUAACGAACGAGUGCCACGAUAUGGAACCGUCGGAGACCGAAAUUUCCAAGGAAGUACAGGUCGACGAGAAUCGAGCUCCUUCGAACGCCAGCGGAGUCGUUCUCCUCGCGAAUUCGAUCGAAGUGGAAGACAAGUCGUCCGAAACGAUAAUUCUCGGCAAUAUAAAGAAGCGACUGGAGGAGGACUACGACGAUUAUUUUUCGUUCGACGAGUACGUUAUGGAAGACGGUUUCGACGUCUCCGAAAGAUUCGCCGAACCGACUCCGAGCAUCGAUCGGACCUCUUCCGAUGGCACGAUCCACUACAGCAUGGCCGAGGACGCGUCCGACGCGGCAACGUGGACGAGGAAAGACGAGGAAUCGCCGAGCGGACGUCGGAAACCAAAGCGUUCGGAGGAAAAUUCGAAGUACUCGUUCUCCGUUCGCUGUAUCGAUUCCAGUUCGAGUCGCUCGCGAAGCAGCUAUUACACCCUGUCGCAGGAUCGAGAUUGCUCCCAAUGUUCGUCGACGGAGUUCUGUUCGGCGAGCAACGAUUCCUUCUCGAACUUCUCUCGCGUCGGUUCGAAUUUCUACCUACCGACGAUCCUUGGAACGCAUCCGCUGAACACCUUCGAGACGCGCAACCGCGCGCACGAAAUCUCGCCUUUAUCGACUUCUUCCCCGUACGAUUUUUUACUUAAAAGCGAUCCGAUCCUUCGAAGCAGCGGCGAAAGUCUCGACGAGGCGACGGUCGAUUCGCGUCUGGCACGGAUUCGUCGACGUCGAUCGAGUUCCACGAAGAACGCGUUCAAGAUGGUGUCGGAGUCGUUCGAUUCCGGGGUGCUGUUGACCGAUUGCUCCCGCGACCAUAUUCUUUGCGUUAGAGAUUCUUUAAAGAUUGGUCGCGCGGGACGAAACUGUCGCGCGACGGAACCGAAUUUACUGCCGACUUACGACUUCGGUUCGAACAGCAGCUACUCGGACGAGUCGUUGGACCGACGGCUGGACGUCGUCGUGAAACAAUUCACCGACAACCUGGUAUUGACCGAAAGGAAGGUGCGGCUGAAAUUGAGGCGACUGGAGAAACCGUCGAGGUCCAGGCAACGAAGAAGACGGCAAGGCAACGAGUCGAGGAGGCAACGACAUAUACCUGCUAUUCGCCGAAAGGAUUACCGGAAAAUAUCGAUCGACGCGAAGGAAAGUUUCCAGGAUAGUCGAAGAACGAAGUCUGGCGACGAGUAAAGACAUCCUUUGGACGAGGGACAAAGCAAUUUUCGGCUUCGGAAGCAAUCGGGUUCCACUACCCUGACGUAAAAUAAAAAACCAAAGGCUGCGCCUCUUGUAAAAACGAUUUCGAGCGAACGACGGCGGAUCCUGUUCCCGCAAAUUCGAUGCAGUUGCAAAUUUCGGAUGCUGCAAAAUUAUUCGCUCCUACGACACGAUCCUUUCGCGUUCGAACGCUUUUUGCUCGUUCGCGACGACGUCGUCGUUCGCUUUAAGAUCGUUCGUUUCCGUUCCCAUUAUUUCCGACGGUUUAUACGUAAAACGAUCGGUCGCCCCACGGUGACCAGCUCCGCCAUCGCCGUUGUGUCGCGCGAGUGCACGAGGCUAAGAAGAACUGUUCUUUAAUACUCGAGUCGGAGAUAUUUCUUCCAAGAAAUCCAGCGCGCAACGACGAAGGUUCGAGGAACGUGCUUCUCGAAAGCUUUUACAGUUAUUAUCCCACAGAUGUUCGCCGUUUACAAGGCAUCGAGGCGAUAUUGUGGUACCGUAUAGCGCACGCAAUAGCUGGGGAUUGUUUACCUAAUGAUAAAAGCACCGUGCUCUGUUUGCCGGGCCAUCUUUCUAAUGCGAUGUCCGACCCUCUGCUGCUACCGCUGUAACAUUUUAUUCUUUCUUACGCAACCCGAAGCGAUCCGCGAGUACAUUUUAUCGCCUCGCCGAAAUAUCCAUCGAUUCGAACGGUUUCUCGAUAUUGCCGCCUCCGUUUGCGCCACGGAUCGAAACCGUUUGCGAUCGAUGCGAAAGAUCGAUUCUUUGCUCGUCGUCUGUAAUUGUAAUUAACGCUUGCGAUAGGAGAGAGAAAUUUAGUUUCUAAAACGUUGCUCCGUUUCGGAAGAUGUCGGGAUAUUUCGAACGGCGACCGUCCAUCGCAUCGGACGCGGUGGACAAUUUUCGUAAUGGAUCGAUUAACGGUGUAUCGUACUUUCGGAAAUUUUAUUGCACGUAUACACCGGAAUAUCGCACACGUACGCCUCCUGGCACGAACACAGAGGCGCGGAUAGAUACGUAGGACGCGCCAAAAGGGGGAGCUUCCCACGGGAGAAAGCGAUUCUGAAAAUUCUUCGAAGACACGUCGAUAAAGGUCUAUGGUGCUAUAUGCUCGAGAGAGCCCCUCUUACACGCUCGCUCUUGGCCGCUUUCUUUCUCGCACACUUUCUUAUCCAGCGCGCUCGGGAAAUUGUAUUUCAGCCCGGCGAAUAGCAAAGCGAAGAUGACAAAGUCGCGAAGAAAAAUUGCGAAAUUGCUUCCUGCAGCGGCGCACCGAGAUAUUUCGAAGGUCUAUCCGUCGAUCGAUCCCUAGGAUAGAGAGAUAAAAACGGGAGCUACCGGAACAAAGUUCCUCUUACAGGUUUCGCCUACCGAACGUAUCUUUCCGCGGAUCGUGUUCGCAUUUUUUUCCAAAUCGUAUUACGAAUUCCGGGUACGCUUUUACGCGACGAACGUUCGAACGUACGAUACUGAUGCGGAGAGCGAAUGCUCCAAACGUUUCGUUCGAUCGUUAUUAACGUAUAUCGUAGGAACGACGUCCCGUUGUUAUUUCGUAUCGUAGCGGAAUCGAUGAAAAUUCUGCGGUACGGUGGAAAAAACUCGAUUAUCCCGGAUAAACGGAGCGACGCGAAUGUUCGGAUAACGAAACAGUUGCUUAGUCAAAUUGGUGGACUCGAUCUUUAUUGGUUUAUACGGCAAAUCGUUGUGCAUACGGGUUAAUUUAGAUCGUGCCGAUUACGUAGGAAACGCGUUUAAAUAAUAGAAAGUUACGACCGGACCGUGGAAGUUUAUGCGCGAUAAAUAUGUUAAAUUCGUACGACAUUUAUGCACGGAGAAUUUGCAAAAUCUGCAAAGUAUGUAGGUUUGUGUAACGCGUGGUACAACGAGAGUAGAGCGUGGAUUUUUACGCGAAAUAAAAAUUGUUCGCAUUUAUUAGGA